AUGCUUAGGUCGGGCGUUGCUCGCAACGGCGCUGGCAUCCAGCCCAUUCUACUCCGCAGCACCGCAUGCCCAUACUCGACCUUCACCAGCUCUCCGUUUGCUAUCCGCCCAAAGCUCGCCGAUUCUCCCAUAACCUCAACCUCCCGCAGCUCCAUCACCGGCCGCAAGUCGGUCUCUGCACCUCUCGUCAUCCGCCAGACCGGGCGCCGCAAUGCGUCCACCGUUUCCUCGAAUGAGCAAGAUGCCACAGCCGCCGCCGCCGCAGCAGCAAAGCAGCAAGCUGCUCAUGCGGACGAGCCCCCGUUGGACUGGAACACGUUUUUCGCACUGCGCAAGUCCCGAAGGAGGUGGCAGCUCACGUUCAGCAUUGCGUCCUCGGCCGCGGGAGGCACUGGAGGAGCUUUGUUCCUAAGCACGGGGAGCGCGGAUUGGGCAGUCAACCAGAUCCCUCUUGAUCCCUUUGUGACAUUAGGUCUCAUGACAUUUGGCUUUGCGGCCCUGGGAUGGCUUGUUGGGCCAGUCCUUGGAAGUCAGAUCUUCUAUCUCUUGAACAGGAAAUACAAGUCACAGAUGGCUCUGAAAGAGAGCCAGUUUUUCGCUCGCAUCAAGAAGCACCGUGUUGACCCGUCCAGCUCGUCAGCUGGCAACCCAGUGCCUGACUUCUACGGCGAGAAGAUCUCGAGCGUGGCGGGCUACCGCCAGUGGCUGAAGGAUCAACGAGCGUUCAACAAAAAGCGGACGACGUUCGUAUAG